UGAUUCUGACGCUAGGAUCUCCUCCGCAGGCGUCCCUGCUGAGUUUGUUCCCUGCAGGGAACCCACCCACAGGUGACUGUGAAUGACUAAGCCAUGGGAAGAUGGUGAACCAAUCAUACACAGAUGGCUUCAUCCUCGUGGGCAUCUUUUCCCACAGCCAGACUGACCUUGUCCUCUUCUCUGCAGUGAUGGUGGUCUUCACAGUGGCCCUCUGUGGGAACAUCCUCCUCAUCUUCCUCAUCUACAUGGACCCUCAACUUCACACCCCCAUGUACUUCUUCCUCAGCCAGCUCUCCCUCAUGGACCUCAUGUUGGUCUGUAACAUUGUGCCAAAGAUGGCAGCCAACUUCCUGUCUGGCAGGAAGUCCAUCUCCUUUGUGGGCUGUGGCAUACAAAUUGGCCUCUUUGUCUCUCUUGUGGGCUCUGAGGGGCUCUUGCUGGGACUCAUGGCUUAUGACCGCUAUGUGGCCAUUAGCCACCCACUUCACUAUCCCAUCCUCAUGAAUCAGAAGGUCUGUCUCCAGAUUACUGGGAGCUCCUGGGCCUUUGGGAUAAUCGAUGGAGUGAUUCAGAUGGUGGCAGCCAUGAGCUUACCUUACUGUGGCUCGAGGAACGUGGAUCACUUCUUCUGUGAGGUGCAAGCUUUAUUGAAACUGGCCUGUGUAGACACUUCCCUCUUUGAUACCCUCCUCUUUGCUUGCUGUGUCUUCAUGCUUCUCCUUCCCUUCUCCAUCAUCGUGGCCUCCUAUUCUUGCAUUCUAGGGGCUGUGCUGCGAAUGCGCUCUGCUCAGACCUGGAAAAAGGCUCUGGCCACCUGCUCCUCCCACCUGACAGCUGUCACCGUCUUCUAUGGGGCAGCCAUGUUCAUGUACCUGAGGCCUAGGCGCUACCGGCCCCCCAGCCAUGACAAGGUGGCCUCCAUUUUCUACACGGUCCUUACUCCCAUGCUCAACCCCCUCAUUUACAGCUUGAGGAACCAGGAGGUGAUGGGGGCACUGAGGAAGGUGCUGAACCGCUGCAGGAUUGGCAGCCAGCACUGAACCCCAGAGUCUGGUGCCUGCUGUGCCACUUCUUGCCUGUGUCACAUUUUGCUAAGUCACUCAACCCUUGUGAGUGUCUGCUUCCAUUCACCUGUUGAUGGUCACUGGGUGGUUUAUAGGUUUUGGCCAUUGUAAGAAAAGCCACUAUGAACAUUCCUGUACCA